CCGCGACCCGUGGAAUUGUUAUCGUGUUCACGACAAAGGCAGAAACGCAGCGUGUGAAAAAAUAUCUUCUACCACCUACCCCCAAAUCUCUCACUCUCGCCGACGGCAAAACAUCGAAUUUUCUAGAAAUCCUCUCAGUUUUUACUCCUGCAAUGGCGACGGCAACAGCAGCUAAGCUCGAAAACCUUAAUAUUCCUACAGAUCUCAAUUCAACCCCGCCGACACCCGAAGAUUCACCGUCGAAUCAGCUGCCGCCGUCUUCCGGCGGAGGAGGCGACGAACCGGAGGGUAAACUGGCGGACGGGGUGGAGGCAAAGGCUGCCGAUGUGGACGGAGGCGGUGCGGCUACUGAUAUUCAGAAGAAGAUGAAGCGUGCGGAGCGGUUCGGAAUGCCGGUAAAUCUCUCCGAGCAGGAGAAGCGUAACUCUCGAGCCGAGAGGUUUGGCACUGCUCCUGGUAUCGAUGUCGUAGAUUCAUCAAAGUCAUCUGAGGAGCUGAAAAGAAAGGCUAGAGCAGAGAGGUUUGGGAUUGUGCAAUCUGCCCCAGCUAACGACGAUUCAAAGAAGAAGGCUAGACUUGCCAGGUUUGCGCCCGCUCCUCAGGCUGAUCCCGCAGAGGAGGACAAAAAGAAAGCAAGAGCACUCAGGUUUUCACAGCCGGACUCUAAUUCAAAGGCAAAUGGGAAGGGGGAUAUUGAGGUGAAAACAGCUAUUGCUGACAAGGCUGGUGGUGGAACCUAGAUCAACUAUCGUCUACGAUCUAUUGAUGGUAGGUUAGAGUGUUUAACUUCUCAAUCCCCCCUUACUUUCAUGCUGACUCCCUGAUACGGAUUACAUUAUGGCUGUCUUUUUGCGUAACCUUAAUUUUCAUGUACGAGGAACUAUCGUUUGCUCUAGUUGCAGACUCGGUUAUGGUUUCCUGGUGAGACCUUGGACAAUUGACAGAUACCUCCUUUUUGUGCUUCAUCUAUCUUUCUGUUUCUUCUUUCUGUUGACUUAGCUGCUAAUGUAGGUUUGACUGACUUCUUCAUGAACUUAGUUUGUGUUUUGAAAUCUUUUGGUGCAUGUUAGUCCUUAGCUUCAAGUUGUGGUAACCUCAUGUAUGAGACUAAGCUUCUUAAAAGGCCAUGAUGAUCACUUGUCGUAGAUUGUUAAUUCUUUUUGUGGUAGAAUAUUCUGACCUAUUUCAAAAAAAAAAAAAUUCGGUUGUGUUUCGAUUUUCUCAUGGAUUAGCUGUCUUCAUGGUAAGAAUUACAUCAAAUGGUUAGUUUCCAUUGGCAAUAUACAUACUGGAAUUGUAUAGUUUUUAUGCCACAAUGAGAAAUAUGCUGAAAGAAAAAAAAAUAUAUCAGUGUUUUGGUGCCUGUGUUUGAUUAUUCUAAUCUAUGUGGUAGUUAAAUAUUAUCGUGAAGUAGUUUAAUAUUGUUAGUCUUUUGAGAUACAUUGCUGCUCGGGAGGUGUUUGUCAAUUGCUUAUGGUCUCACCAGAUGAAUCUGUUAGGGUUCUGCGACGUUCAGAAAUCAAUACUCGUACUUUUGACUGGAUAUACUUUUGCGAGUUCAUUUUGUUUAUUUGGGUAGUUAUAUUUUUAUGUAGUUCCUGAAUUUUGUAAACGUCUAAUGAAUUGAUUUGGAAUCCUUAUAAUCAUGAAUUGAUUGACCUCUAUAUUUGUAUGAUGUUUUGCUUUGGAUA